AUGCCCUCUGAAAGAGCGAAGAUUGCUCGCAAUCCAUGGAUCAAAGAGCGUACAGUUGGUCGAAGCAAAUGUAAUCUACAAUUAUGGAGAGAAUCAAAAGAUCCAACAGAGUUGGCCAUAGCUUUUGCGCAUAACUUUGUGGAAAUUUGGGAUGCGAGGGAUAACUCUUGCGUGUACUCGAUUCAAUGCGAGGAGCGUUGUAUAUUAUACUCGGCGAGAUUUUUCGGGAAUAACAGAGAAGAUUUGGUCUUGGCAUCUGGGACAGUCUUUAAUCAGGUUCUUUUAUGGAAUGUCAUGCAAGAGAGUGAACACGAUCUAGGUGUUGUGCGCAGGAAGUUUAUAGGUCACGAGGGUGUCAUUUUUGGUGUGAGGUUUAGUGAGAACGGAAGAUAUAUUGUCUCGGUAUCCGAUGAUAGGACGAUACGUCUCUGGAAUGCGGAUGCCGAUGACGACAUGAAACCAUUGGUGUUAUAUGGACACAUUGCGAGAGUUUGGGAUUGCCUCAUAUUAAAUGAUUACCUUGUCAGCAUUUCCGAGGAUUCUUCGUGUCGCGUAUGGAAAAAUUCAUUUUAUAACAAUAGCAAGGAUGAUCUGAGUGACGUUGAUUGUAUCGCCUGUUGGGAAGGACAUGUUGGCAAAAAUGUUUGGAGCUUGGCGGUAAACACUUCACAAAAGAUAGUGGCGACCGGCGGAGGGGAUUCUGGCAUUCGGUUGUGGUCUCUUGCGACCAUUACCAAUAACAAGAUAGGUGCUGUGGACGUGAAUUUGGUCCCACCAUCAUUGGAGAAACAUGAUGCUAAUCACCAUUGGUAUUUAUAG